AAUAAUUUGCCGCGCGCGUCGCCGGCGCUAUAUUGCGCGCUACGAGCACCGCGCACACCCCCCAUAAGAUAUUCGCGGUGGGCCCGACUAAUAAAACAUAAAUUUAAACCUCCCAACAGCCUAGCAACAGUGAAAUACACGCCGCGCUCACGUUAGCCACUGCGCAUCCUUACAAUCCCGCGGUCUAUCUUGCGCACACUGAUUUUCUCCCAAAUCAAAAAACCUAGACCCCUCCACCUCAAAAAUUCAUGCUCGCAUUGGAACUCCAAUCCUUCUCGAUUCGGUUGAAGAUAGAGGUUUUCCUGUUCUCAAUUUAUGCUGUAAUACGUCGAAUUUAUCGUGCUCCAUAAAUUGUUGUCAAUCUCUGCUUGUAUCUGUUAAGGGAAUUGGUUAAAGAAACAAAUGUAGUUUCAUUUCAGUGGAAAUAGAAAACCCAUGACAAAAUUUCGGUCCAAAUUGUUUCUUUAGUAGUUCCUCUUGUAUAGUUUAGUGCAUUAGCUUAUACUCGGUGUUGUAGUGCAAGUGAUGCCAAGAUUUGAAGUUUCUGGGUGCUAAAAUGAAGAAUGUUGAAAUACCCAAAUGGCUUGAGAGGUUGCCUUUGGCGCCUGAAUUCCACCCGACCGAUACUGAAUUCGCCGACCCAAUUGCUUACAUAUCUAAGAUAGAGAAAGAGGCGAGUGCUUUUGGCAUUUGUAAAGUGAUUCCGCCAUUGCCAAAGCCGUCUAGAAAGUAUGUACUUCAUAACUUGAAUAAGUCUCUUUCCAAGUGUCCGGAAUUGGAUGGGGAUGUGAAUCUUGUUUCGUCGUCGAAGACAGAUGGUGAUGUUAGGAAUAAUUGUGAUAGAAAGUAUAGGGCCGUGUUCACUACAAGGCAGCAAGAAUUGGGCUGUGAGAAGGGGAAAAAGGUGAAGGAGGCGCUCGGGGAUCACUUGCUUGGGGCUCAAAAGCAGGUUUGGCAGAGUGGGGAAGUUUAUACACUCGAGCAGUUUGAGGCGAAGGCCAAGACUUUCGCUAAGAGUACGCUGGGGGUAGUGAAGGAUGUCAAUCCCCUAGUUAUUGAGACCAUGUUCUGGAAAGCUACUUUGGAGAAGCCUAUAUAUGUGGAGUAUGCUAAUGAUGUGCCUGGCUCUGGAUUUAGUGAGCCUGAAGGACUGUUGCGUUAUUUUGACAGACGUAGAAGGAGGAGGAAAACGAGGAAGAGGAACUCGUUUGACAGGAAUAAUUUAGGUAACUCUGACAGCAAGAUUGAUCAAGUAGAAAAAGUGAAUAAUGUUAGCGAUAAUAAAGAUUCAGGCAGCCAGAACAAACCUAGUUCCUGUACGGAGACCGUGUUGAAUUCUGUACCAUCACAUCGUACCAAUGAUGAUGCUUCUUUUUCUGGCCAAAAAGAUUUUCAAGAUAGGAGCGAGAUGGAAGGUACUGCUGGAUGGAAGCUUUCAAAUAGUCCUUGGAAUUUGCAAGUCAUGGCUAGGUCAGCAGGAUCACUGACACGUUUCAUGCCAGAUGAUAUUCCUGGUGUAACGUCUCCCAUGGUUUAUAUUGGAAUGUUAUUCAGUUGGUUUGCUUGGCAUGUAGAAGAUCACGAACUUCAUAGCUUGAAUUUCCUUCACGUGGGCUCCCCCAAGACUUGGUAUGCAGUGCCAGGAGACCAUGCUUUCAACUUCGAAGAAGCCAUUCGUCUUCAUGCCUAUGGAGGAAAUCCUGAUCGGUUGGUUGCUCUAUCUCACUUGGGGGAAAAGACCACUGUUUUGUCGCCAGAAAUUAUUGUUGCAUCGGGCAUCCCGUGCUGCAGGCUGGUGCAGUACCCUGGUGAAUUUGUUGUGACUUUUCCAAGAGCUUACCACAUAGGAUUCAGCCAUGGUUUCAAUUGUGGAGAAGCUGCUAAUUUUGGAACAUCUAAGUGGCUUGCAAUAGCUAAGGAAGCUGCUGUUCGCAGAGCUGCCAUGAAUUACCUUCCUAUGCUUUCUCAUCAGCAACUGUUGUACUUGUUAACCAUGUCUUUCAUUUCAAGAAUACCAAGAUCCUUACUGCCUGGGGUACGAAGCUCACGUUUAAGAGAUCGUCUAAAGGAAGAAAGAGAAUUGUCCGUAAAGAGAGCAUUUAUAGAAGAUAUCUUGCAUGAAAACAGUCGGCUGGCCAUUCUUCUUCAAAGAAAUUCCUGCUAUCAUGCAGUUCUAUGGGAUGUUGAUUCACUGCCAUCUACAAGUAAAGAAUCUGAACUCUGCCAGGAUGCAGAUGCUUCUGUAUUGACAUCAGUCGGAGAAAAUUCUUCUCCGAAAGAUGACGAUGUACAUGAUGCCAACGAGCUGAGCAAGUAUAUUAGUUCAGUUGGUUAUGAUCUUGAUGAUGAUGACUUGUCAUACGAUUUUCAAAUAGAAUCCGGGACUUUACCUUGUGUAGCUUGUGGUAUCCUUGGUUUCCCAUUUAUGGCAGUUGUGCAACCAUCUGACAUAGCAUCGAUUGAUCUUCUGCGUGCCGAUUCCCUUGCUGUUUCUGUGGAAUCUGCUCGUGCCUGUAAUAUGGUGGAAGGUUCUACUGAAGAUGCAAAGAUGAAAUCUAAGUUAAGCAAAAAGGAUCUCCACCAUGUUGUCAAAGCAUCCUUAGCUGCCAAAAAAAGUCGGUCUUCGAACCAUGAUUGCUCUCCAUCUUCAAAUCAUGAAGCUGUUUCGCCGAAAGUAAAGAUUGCCAUGGGAUGGGACCUUUCUAACGUAUCUCUAAAACCAAGGAUAUUCUGCCUAGAGCAUGCGAUUGAAAUUGAAGAAUUGUUGAGUUCAAGAGGCGGAGCAAAUGUUCUUGCGAUUUGUCAUUCAGACUUUCAGAAAAUAAAGGCCCAUGCUGCGGUCAUUGCGGAGGAGAUUGCUGUUCCUUUCAGUUACACUGAGAUACUGCUAGAUAAUGCUUCUCCCAAAGAUCUGAACUUGAUCGAUAUUGCCAUUGACAGAGAAGAACAAGUUGUCUGCGUAGAAGACUGGACGUCGCUGUUGAAUAUCAAUCUACAGCAUUGUGUGAAGAUGAAAAGGAGUUCUCCAUCUGCAGAUGUUCGGCAUUUACUGAGUUUGGGCGGAUUGUUUCACGAUGCAACCCCUAUUUUAGAUGCAUCCCACACAAAGUGGCUGUCACGGAAACUACGCUCGAAGCGCCAUCAGAAACGUCUCUUGCAAAGUAAACCUCCCCGCGGCUGUGAAGCAGCCAAGGUAGAUAUGAAUAGGGGAAAAAAGCAUCAAACAGCUAAGAAAGAUAAUAAGCUUAUCCAAUAUUCGAGAAAGAGAUACAAGGUCUGUGCUUCUGCAGGAACGCACGACCGGGGAGGCUCCAAUAACCUCGUUGCACGAGAUAUUUCAGAUGAAAAGAUAGCCAAAAGUACCCCUGGUGUAGAAAUUGAAGGGAAAACGGCAUCUGAACACCCGAUGGCUUCUUCUUUUGAAUCUCACUCUGCAAAUUCCACUGUUGCUUCCACACUGAUUGAGACUACUUCGGACAAAUUUGGUGGUUUGUGUCAUGAAAUCAAGACAGCUGAUGGCGGCAGCCAGAAAAGUGAGAGGUGUUAUUAUUCUGAGACUGUUGGUUCCACUACAGAUAAAAAUGGGAUGGAUGAUGUUGCAGAAGAUGAAGUUCCAAGAGAGGGAGAAAUUGUCGAUGAAGCUGCUGUACCAAGCGAAGCUUGUAAUCGGCUGGCAGAAAAUGAUUGUGCAAUGCCGGAUAAUGUUCAAUCUGAUGGAUGUUGUGAGAUUGAAGAAGCAUCUAGACACAGCGACUCUUCAAACUCUUCAGAUGACGAGCAGAUUGAAGCAACAUCGGAUCAACAUGCUGCGGACAGUAAGGUAUCAAAUUCCUCGAGUUCUGAAGGUCAGCAGCGUGUACAGACAGAUGGAGAUAAUGAUAUUGAUGAUGAUGAUGAUCAAGAGAGAGUUAUUUCAAGUCGUACAACCUCUGCCUCGAGGCUUGAAAAUUGUGGAGGUGAGACGAAUGUAGCCAGCAAGACCGCCUCUCCGUUGCAGGACAAUGGUGUCGAUGAUUCCAAAACUGUGCUGCAAUCCCUACCUAAUACAGAAGUUGGAAGCAAAAGGAAAAGGAAAAGAGAACUACUUGGCCUGCAAUUAGAUGAUCGCUUCCAUUUCAGCAGCUUUACCAGAAGUCCGUGUGAAGGAUUGAGACCUCGAGCAAGAGAAGAUGCAUCUACUCGUACUACUGACAACGGGGAGCCAGACGAGGAAGCACCGACAGUGAAGAAGUCGAGGAAGGCUGCAGAUCAGCCCGUCCCUCGCAAGGACAAGAAAGAAAACACAAAGGGACGUUAUAAGUGUGAGUUAGACGGCUGCACAAUGAAGUUUCGGACAAAGGCAGAGCUACUCCUGCACAAAGGAAACCAGUGCCCCGUCGACGGGUGCAGAAAGAAAUUCAACUCCCACAAAUACGCGACACAACACCAGCGCGUCCACGACGAUGAUAGGCCUCUGAAAUGCCCCUGGGAUGGCUGCACGAUGUCGUUCAAGUGGGCCUGGGCGAGGACUGAGCAUCUACGCGUGCAUACGGGAGAAAGGCCGUAUGCCUGCAAAAUCAAGGGAUGCGGUCUUACCUUCAGAUUCGUAUCAGAUUUCAGUCGGCAUAGAAGGAAAACCGGGCAUUACGUAAGCCCGCCAAAGUAGGGACUCGUCUUUCUCCUGCAGAAGAUCAUUUUACGUGUUAUCAGUAAGCAGAGUCACAGAUUUCUUGAGCGAACGAGCUUAAGAAUCGUGUAAGACAGUAAGGUACGAUCUAAUCUGGUAAUAGCUUAGGUUAGGAAGAUGAAACUGUUGUAAGUAAGCCAUUUAUAUCUGUUGUUGAACCUUCUACUUUUUGUCUGUGCAAUGCAAAAACAUUGAAAUCUUAAUUGUAUUGAUAAUUGGAAUUUUUAGCUGUUGAUUAUUUGGUUACCAGGAAAUUUAACAUUGCUACUGUUUCUUGGAA